AUGACAAUUACCGAGAAUGAGCUUCUGGAAAUAAACGCGGACCUGAUGGUCCUGAUUCGUGAAAAGCAGGAGCAGGGCGCCCUGGCUGAUGCCACUAGCCUUCAGAUAGUGCUCCACAAGAACCUCAUGCGGCUGCGCCAGUUCAUGGCCGCACCCGACGAGCCGAUACCGAACGCCCCCAAGGAUUGGAUGCCUCCGAUGCCCACACCGGACACGCCUCCAGCAGGAGAGAGCGACAGCGAAAGCGACUCAACCGGUGAUGAGCAAGGCGUGCAAGGAGAACGAGCAACUCGGAAGGGAAAAGGCAAGCAGAAGCAAAAGGAGCGGCAGCCCCGGGCGGAGGGUUGCGCAGCACCUGGAGUAACAUCAGCACGAGCAUCAGGGUCCUCGUCAACGCGAGUCGCCCCCGGAGGGGCGGUGAGAUUGCUUCCCGGCUUCAGCGCUACCGAGACACAAUUCGUUGGUGAACACGGCGGUGCUGGUGCUGGUGCAGCUGGUGCCUGCGGCGCUGCCAUUACUGACGGGCAGCAGCAGGUUCGGGGAGGGGUGGGGAGGAGCCCGUGUGCAGGUCUCCCAUCGGGAACAACGGCGUCGUUGUCCUCACCUUCCACCAGACGAAAGCGAAAGUCCCGAAAAAGGAAGAGCCAGCACGGAGGCGGCAGCGAAAGCAGGGGCAGCGACGGCGGCGGCAGCGACGGCGGCGGCGACGGUGGGUUGGGAACGCUCCUGUACGCGGGUAUGCGCAGCCACGAGAAGGUUUCGCCGCACAUUCCGAGCAGCUCCGCGUUCGUGCCGACGGCCUGGAGGGACCGCGUGAGCGGCAGCGGCAGCGGCGGCAGCGGUGAGGGCGGCGGGAGCGGAGCCGCCGCGGCCACCCUUUCCCCCGCCCCGUCUGCUUCCUCCGCUCCUCCUUCCCCUACGCCAGCCUCUCACGCGUUGGCUUCUUCUUCUCCGCCGGAUGCAACGCCGUCUUCCAUGCGGCCGCGACCAGCGAAGCCGUCUACAUCGGCACCGGCUGCGGCGGCUGCGGCGGCUGCGGCGCGGAGCAAGGCGUCACCGGUCGUCAGCGGGAAGGCCAGGAAGCUGCUGGGCCGAGCGUCGAAGAUCGACGAGGCCACGGCGGCGGAGAUUCGCAAGUUGCGGACGUCCAACGUGUUGGCUAACAGCCACCGGAAGAACUUCGUCGAAGACGACGAUUUGGAGGUUGACGUGGAGGGGGGUGACGAUGAAAUCGAGGCCAGACAAGCAGCAGCGGCGGGAGCGGGAGCGGGAGCGGGAGCGGGAGCGGGAGCGGGAGCGGGAGCCGGAGCAGGAGCAGAGGAGGGAGGAACGCCUGUGCCGACGGCUGCUGCGACGACGCUACCGGCGCCACCACGACCACCACCACCUCGGACGACGACGUCAUCACAGCCACCACCGCCGACAACAACAACAGCGGCGGCGACGCUUCCACUUCCGACGGGGGCAGGGCCGUCCCUUCGAGGAGAGGGGAAGGGGAUGCCCUUGCCAGCUGCAGCAGCGGCAGCAGCAGGGGGGGGACAGGGAGACGCAGGAACGGGACGAGCAGGGGGUGGGGGACGGGCGGGAAGCCCCGCGAGGCCGAUUCUCGCCCAGCCGUGGCUGCCGAUGCCGGUGGUGUCGUCGGGGGCGCCACGGACGUCCGCGUUGGACCCGUCCGCCGUAUCCAACAUUGCCUUCGACGACGAAAGUGGUGGCCGUGCGUGA